AAAUGUAAACAAAAUUUGAAAAAAAAACUUGGAUAUUUUUAGAAAAAUUGAAAAAAAUUUCAAUUAUUGCCAGAAAAAUGUUGAAUAAAGAUUUAAAAAUAAGUUUAUGUCGCACCUGUUUACAGUAUUUUAAAGAAGGAAAGUUUUUCGAUAUUUUCCAAACUUUGGAUUUGGCUCAAAAGUUGAUACAAUGUUCCGGUCUAACAAUGUCAGCCUCCGAUGCAUAUCCUCAUUAUGUGUGCGAACAAUGUUAUGAACAAAUUUUAUUGUUUUAUGAAUUUCAACAAAUGUGCCGCAAUUCUUUGCAUAAAUUUAAUGAUUUAUUAAAAACUAAGCAGGAGCUGAAUGAAGAAGUGAGUCAAAUUGAAUUGGAGGAACUUGUGGAUUCAGCAAAAGAUCCCUUAAAUGUUGAUAGGAAGCCGCUAAAUCGUGUAGAGGAGAAUUUUAAGAAGACUUUACAAGAAAUAGAUAUUCAAGGAGAUUGUUGGGAAAAGAAAAGAAGAGGAAGGCCUCCUAAAAAGAAAAUUGUUAUUGAGAAUCCGCAAGGAAAUGUGGAGAGCAAAAGAGAAAGCUGUAGCUUAACACAGCAAGAUAUUAUUAGUAAAUCUUUGAAAAAUGAAACUAUAAAGGAAUAUAAAGAUGAAUUAUUCAAAGAAGAAUAUAAGGAUAUUUUGGACAACACACAAGAGAAUGCAAUUACUGUGCCAAAUGAACAAAUAAUCACAAAUAAAGCACUUACUAAUGUUGAGGAAAGAAGAGAGGAAAAGACUCUAUCCGAUAGCGAAAGCUGUUCUUCAACAAAAGAAAGUUUUUCUCCUGAAAAGCCUAAACAUCAAUGUGAUCGUUGUAAUGAAAGCUUUAGUGUGCUACACCGUUUCGAGGCCCACAAACGAGAACAUGAUGGCUUACCUCCUUACUCCUGCUACUAUGAAGGAUGUAAACGUUCUUUCAAUCGCUGGCAUAACUACAAUAAACAUCAAAAAGAACACAAGCUGGCAGAAGAUCAAACCUACAAAUGUGAUGUGGAUAAUUGUGAAAGAAUAUACAAGAAUAAAUCUGCCCUAAAUGUGCACAAACGUAAAUAUCAUAAUAUGGGUCCCGAACUUAAGACCCAUAUGUGUGAAAUUUGCGGUAAAGUAUUCAAAUCUUCGGCCGUUUUAAAUGAUCACCACUAUACUCAUAUUGAUAAAACCCAAUUACCGUAUGCCUGUGAAGAGCCGAACUGUAGUAAACGUUUUUCCAAUAAGGAAAAACUUAAAAUACAUAAAAUGCGUCAUGCCGGCAUUAAGAACUUUAGUUGUCCCUAUUGUGGCAUGCUUAAGACAACACGUAAUGAACUUAAAAUACACAUUAACUAUCACACCCUGGAAAGAACUUGGCCAUGUCGGUUUUGUCCCAAAGUCUGUAAUAGUGCGGGCAAUUUAAAAAUGCAUGUUAGGAAUAUGCACGAAAGAGCUAAAGAUUUUGCUUGUCGUUAUUGUGACAGGACAUUUGCUAAAGCAGAUACUAAGAAAUAUCAUGAAAUGACUCAUACGGGAGAAAAGCCACAUCAGUGCAAGGAAUGUGGUAAAAGAUUUGUACAGCCGGCAGCUUUAAGGACUCAUCGUAAGAUACAUUUGAGACAGAAAGCUAAUUUGGAGGUGAAAGAGAAGUGUAGUGAGAACAUUAAAGGGCGGGAGUUGGAAAAUCCUUCACAGGAAGUGGUGGAGGAGAAUUUUAUAAAGAAUUUUAUAACUGAUGCUAUGGUGGCAGAGAUUUUAAGUGACACCAGUGGAAUAUAAUAUUGUUAUUUAAGGUUAAUAAAUAGUUCUCUUAAUUAUUUUCUUUGGUUCAAUAACUUAUUUUAUUAUUUAAUAAUUUAUUAACUUAAACAUAUUUAUUUUAAAAUUAUAGUAUUUUUUAAUUCGAAUUAAUUACGGCACACGCAAAUAGCUCUACCAUUACAAUAA